AGGAACUGCGGAACGUGGUGCUGACGUCACCAGCGCAGCCAGGUGGCAUUCCGAGUGAAGAGCGCGCGGACGUGGAGGCACAAUCAAAAUUCCAACUCCGCACGCGAGGCAGAAUGUGAGGCGCGCCCGCAGAUCCCGCUAUCAAACUAACCCAGCUGCACUAACAAACCAGCCUGACCCAGACACACAGCGAGAGAGAGAGAGAGAGAGAGCUCCGCCGAAACAUCCUAGACGGAGCUGCGUAAAGCAACAUGUCUACUGCACAAGUCUCCUCGUCGAGGAGGCAGUCGUGUUAUCUGUGCGAUUUGCCCCGCAUGCCCUGGGCUAUGAUUUGGGAUUUUACGGAACCGGUGUGCAGAGGCUGCGUGAACUAUGAAGGCGCCGAUCGGAUCGAGUUUGUCAUCGAGACCGCGCGGCACCUUAAGCGAGCGCACGGCUUCCAAGAAGGGAGAUCCCCUGGUCCAGCACCGCCGCCCACAGUGAAAGCACAGGCGGCUAUGGCAGCUAAAGAGACCGUACAGAUGAACCAUGUGGACGCCUCGGCUAAACAGCAGCAGCAGCAGCAGCCCGGGCUGGAGCGCUAUUCCCUGAGCACGGACAGAUCGCGCUACGACUACUCAGCCAUCGCCGCGCAUUCUGGACGCCUCCCGAACGGCUUUCCGAAAUCAGACGAUGGGCCUCCCGAGCUGAACAGACAGAGCCCGAAUUCUCGGCGCGGCCACGGUCUGGUGACAGUACCCGGACAGAUGAACGUCCCACCCAACCUGCUUCCACAGACCAUGCUGAACGGCCCUCCAUCAGCAGCGGGCAUCUCGCAGCACAGCCUGGCCGGUCGAGCCCCUCCAACAGCCAGCAUGAGCACGGCUCUGUCGCUAGAGCAAGGUAAGCGACCUGGCUCUGUGUCCAGCACUGAUCAAGAACGCGAUCUGAAAGAGAAGCAGCGGAACGCCGAAGCUUUGGCGGAACUCAGUGAGAGUUUGCGAAGUAGAUCUGAGGACUGGGGGAGCAAGCCCAAAAUAGUAAGGGACACUUUAAUUACACUUUCGAACUGCACGCCGUUCGAUGUCAGGUUCAAGAAAGACCACUCGCUUUCUGGGAGAGUGUUUGCAUUCGAUGCCAUCUCCAAACCUGGCAUGGACUACGAGCUAAAAAUCUUCGUCGAAUACCCGAGCGGAUCUGGGAACGUGUUUUCCAGCGCAUCCGGGGUGGCCAAACAGAUGUACCAAGACUGCAUGAAAGAUUAUGGCAGAGGGCUAUCAUCUGGGUUUAAGUAUCUCGAAUAUGAGAAAAAGCACGCUUCGGGUGACUGGAGACUCUUGGGUGAUUUGCUACCUGAGUCGGUGCGUUUCUUUAAAGAAGGACUGGGAUCUGAAAUGCUCCCGCAUUCCUACAUUGACGCUAGCUGCCCGUUAUUGCCCUCCUCGGCUCUGGUAAACAUGCCACGCUCCAUGCCGUCCGCCAGCGCGCUGAGAUCGGGCAUGCGCAAACGCAAAGCAUCGCCGGAGCCCGACUCGGCUGACGGUGCGCUGAAGUUAACCGAUGAGCAGCAAAGACAGCAAUGGAUCGCCAGUCAAAGCGAGACUAUGAAACUAACCAUGGCAUCGGGCUCGUUUGUGGCCUCGCACGGAGGCCCUCCGCCCCUCGGGCCCGUUCACUCCAGCCGAGCCACUCCGCCUGAAUCGGCUCCUCAGAACGGACAGUCUCCUAUGGCAGCGCUCAUGUCUGUAGCGGACACGUUGGGCAACGCGCACUCGCCGAAGGACGGUAACUCCGUGCACUCCACCACAUCCACCAGACACAACAGCAGCAGCCCCGUGUCACCCGCGUCCGUGUCAGGACAGCGGCGCCUGGCAUCCCGAAACGGGGAUCUAAACAUGGCCGGAACGCCCUCUCAAUCCGCUUCACAUCAAAACAUGGAGCCUGCGCACCCGCAAAACAUUCCCGACUCGCCCAUGGCAAACAACGGACCCCUGUGUUGCACCAUUUGUCACGAACGAUUAGAAGACACGCACUUCGUGCAGUGUCCCUCCGUCACCAAUCACAAAUUUUGCUUCCCCUGUUCGCGAGAGAGCAUCAAAGCGCAGGGAGCCACCGGUGAAGUGUAUUGCCCCAGCGGAGAGAAAUGCCCCCUGGUAGGUUCUAACGUGCCUUGGGCUUUCAUGCAAGGCGAAAUCGCGACUAUUUUGGCAGGAGACGUCAAAGUGAAAAAGGAAAGAGACCCUUAAAGUGACCGUGCUUCCCAAACUCAAACCGACUCGAGUAUAUUAUAUACAUGUAUACAUGUUGUGAAUAUUCAACUGACAAAGUAGUCCUAUGUACAGACACCCCUCUCUUUUCUUCAUAUAUUCAGUGUUUUGAAACAUGGGUACAGUGGGCAGUGUGAUGUCAUAGCUAAUGUGAAGGAGGAGGCUGUUUGGGCAUGUCAACUGAUAGCGUGUUAUUUUGAUGGCAGUGUUAUAAAGGUACAGCUGGGAAGCACUUAGCACUCACAGUUUUAUUUGGGCUCAUGCACUUCUUUUAGAGUGAUUCCCUCACCAUCCCCUAUCAAGUCAGACCUGUUUCCGAACAUCAUUUUGUCCUCAUUCAAAAACGUUCAGCAGGAUUGAGCAGAUAUGGUUAGAUUUACACUGACAGUGGGUCUUUUUGUCUCUUUAUAUUUUGACAACAAUGUCUCACUUUUAUCUUGUGUUUUCAAAGUACAAUAUAGUUUCUUACGUGUUUCUCCAACAUUUUGAUUUAAAGGUGCACGGAUGCUUAUGAGUAGAGCAAAAUACUGUACAUUGACUUUAAUGCUCUGUUUGUUUAUACGUUUCUGUAGUAACAGAAGACUUGUAACGUGCCUUGGAGCUAAGUAAAUUGUAAUAAAUUCAUUGAUAUUAA